AUGAAAGCGCGUUACUUAAUGUAUUUUUCCUAUAUAGGAACAAAGUUUAGGGCUUCCGAGAAGUUAUGGUUAAAAAUGGGUCGUAACUAUCCUGACCCCGAGAGUGUCCAAGGUAUUAUGGAAAUUGCAUUACAAAGACUUAAGUCACAUAAUUACCCGGCAGUGCAGCUUUCAAGCCGCACAGAUGGUGGAGUCCAUGCAAUUAAUACAACAGCACACAUUGAUUUAGAAAGACCUGGUCCCAAUCUCUACGAAUCCAAUUUGAUUCUUUAUAACCUAAACAAUUUCUUUCGCAAACAUGAUAUAAGUAUUUACAUUAAGAAGAUCUUAAGAGUUAAUGAUGACUUUAGUGCCAGACAUAAUGCCAUCAGUAGGACAUAUUUAUACAGGUUUGCAGUGUUGAAAUCUGAUAUUACACCACCUGAAAAAUUAAAUGUUGUUCAGUUUGCUCCUAUUGAAGAAUGGAAGAGGUGUUAUUUUUCAAAACAAAAAGAAUUUGAUAUAGAAAGGGUCAGAGAAGCUGCUAAACUAUUUGUGGGGUACCAUGACUUUACCACUUUUAAAAAGUUUGACAAACUUUUUGAAAAUAAGAAUAAUAGACGCACUAUUUACUCAAUAGACGUGCGACCAGGACGGCCUUUGGUGACUAGCUACACCGACAACCACAUUAAUAACGACUUGGAAUACUGGGAAGUAGAAAUUAAAGGAAGAUCAUUUGUUCAUAAUCAGAUUCGCCGUAUGAUUGGGUCUCUAAUCGCAUUGGGUGCUGGAAAAAUUAAUAUAAAUGACCUAAAGUUAAUGCUACAGAUACCUUCAAAGCAUUCUUGGCUUAGUCAUGUCUCUUCUUCACCACCUGACGGCCUUUAUCUGUGCAAUGUUGAGUAUAAUCCUCAAGAUUUAAUAUAUGAAGCUGAAAGUAGUGAUAUAUUACAAAACGAGGAUAGGGAAAUCAAGUUAUAA